AUUCAAUGAGUUUAACAUUUGAAAGACUCAAAAAAUAGGAUUUGUUGCUCUCAGCUGUCCUUUAUGAGAAAAUACCUAAAGAGGAAUUAAUUCAACAUUUGAAUCAAGUAAAAGGAGAACAAUUUGAUUUAAUUGAUUCAUGGACUUAUGAAGCCUUAGAAGCUGAAAUUAAAUUAAUGAUAGAGAAAAAGCAUGAUGAAUUCAGAAGGACAAGGUAAAAAUACAAGAUAUCAUAAGAACAAUGAGUAUAGAAGAAGAGAUUCUACUUAAACCAAAUGUAAUAAUAAAUGAUGAAAAAAAUUAUAGAGAGACAAUUUCAUGCAAACAAUUACCUCCUAAUCGAAUUGUUCUAUAUUAUGUUGAAAAUCCUUAAAUUAUUAUAUAACCUAGAAUUGCUGAAUAUAAGAUAAUAGAAGGUAAUACAUUUACACCAAAUUAUGUAAAUUAUUGUGUUGUUGUUGGAUAAUUUGGUUCUAAUGUUUGGAGAAGAGUCGAACACUUUUAUUGGUUAUAAGAAUCCUUACAAUAAUAAUAUCCUGAUAGUUUGAUACCACCACUUCCUGCAAAAACUCUAUUCAGAAAAUUCACACCUGAACACAUUUCUAAAAGAUGCAAAAUGUUAGAAUAAUUUUUAAGUGCUAUUUUAAAUAAUCAUCUAUUAAGAUAAUCUGAUUUUAUUGAAGGCUUUUUAUUCAUAGAAGAUGAUAUCAAAUUUAAACAAUUAUUAGCUGCUUCUACUGUUUUGAAAUAACCAACUAAAUAUACUGAUUAUGCUAAUUAAGAAGGUUAAGUCAUUUUAGAAUUCAAUCCAAUGAUGGAUAAAUAUUUUAUGGAUAUUAAUAAGUAAUAAUAACAUUUAUCAAUAGUUAUAUGUUAAAUACUAAUGAUAUUUAUAAAGAAUUAACUGAUAAUUCUAGAUUUCUUGUAUAAUCUAUGAAGGAUUUCAUUCUUAAAGUUAAGAAUUUAGCAGGCAGCAUUGGUUCAUUAAAAGAAGCUACAAAAGCAUUCAAUCUAAAAAAUAUUGUUGGUAGUCUUCCUUUAUUAGAAUUUGUAUAUACUUUACUAGAAGAAUAUUUAGUAGAUUGGGGUGUUAAUUUAAACAAGUUAGCUAACACUUUAAAUGAAAAUCUAUAUGAGUUCUUUAGAUUUUAAAGGGAUAUGUAGAAUCAAUGUGUUGAAUUGAUUUCCAAUAGAAAUAAAGCUUAAUCUAGAUAUAUAAAAGAGUUUUAGGAUUUAAUGAAAAAGAAACACAAAUACUUUACUACAGAACCAAUUGAAAAAUGGGAGAUGAUUACUGAAAUGGAUAAGAUAAAGAUUAAAUAGAGUUAAAUUCUAUCAUAUCAUUUCAUGUUACCUAAAGAAACUUAAGAGGUAGAAGAAUUGAAAAUGAGAUUUGCAUACAUUAAUAGAUAAGCAUAUCAAUAGAUUACUUAGUAUUUUGAUAAUAAGGGUAUUUCAUAUACAACUAGAAUGUGUAAUAUGAGUAUACGGAAAAAAGAGAAUGCUGCAUAACAUACAUAACAUGUUGAAAAGAUAGCAUCUUAGUUCAUGUAAAUUGUGGCUAUGAGAAAUGGUGAAGUUCCAAAUUUGAAAUAGGAAUGGAUCGAUUAAUAUUUUAAUCCCCUUAGAAUUAGUUGUAUUGUAAAGUGAG